GUGAUAGCUGGGUAGCAGACCGAUGGCAGACAUUUCGGCGCUUUACACCUAUGCUCUCGAUACCACUGAGUCGAUCGCUGUGACUGGGAACUCUGAGCUGCUCUAGUAAGUAAAAUCAAGUCCACAAGCCGAACGCGCACCAACCAAUCUGAUAGAGUGCGAAUAAUUGUUGGGUCAUAGCUCGAAAAGACCGAUCACAGGCCUCCCGAUGCUCCAGACCAGUGCUCUCGAUGCCUCUGACCCGACUCGCGUGCACAAGAGCUCUGCGGCUGCUCUAGAUCCCGAGAUCAAGUCCGCAAACCGAACGUGCGCCGAAAAAGAUGAAGAGCACAAACAGUUGUUCGGUCAUAGCUCGGGCAGCAGACCGAUCUCAGGCGUCUCGACGCUAUGGGCCAAUGCGCUCGAUGCUGCUGGAGCGAUUGCUGCGACUGGGAGCUCUGCAGCUGCUCUGAACAUUGAAACGAAGUCGGCAAGCCCAACUCGUGCCCACAAAUUUUGCAGGGAGCGAAUCGCUUUCUGGUAAAUUCUCGAAUUCAGAAUUUGAAAGUAAGAGCCUCACUGAGUUCCAGAG